AUGGACAUGGUGGAAUUGAUAUCUGACUGGAGUAAAACGUUUACUGUCUUUAGCUCAAGUAUAGAGAUCAGCAUACGAGAUAAUAUAACAACUGUAUCGCCAACACAGAAGGUCAACUUCCAGCUUAUUGUAACAGUGCCUGUUGGUCAACAUAAUAUCACUGUACAUUUAGCUUCGGCUUUUAGCAGUUUAUCUAUUUACCAAAUAUGUACUGUAGAUAGCGUUGGGCUUGGAAGUAAUCUUAUUGAUGGGGGUAAUAUAAAGAUAGCAAAGGUUUCGACAUACAAUAACUUUGAGGUUGACUCUGCAGCAAUUUACCUGGGUAUUAUUCAAAACAGUGGUUCUGAUACAGCAACCUCAUUUGAACCAAGCCAAAUAACAAUCAAUUUUACUGUUGUUGUUCUUAACAAUGUUAAUCUAGUGGAUGGGGACAUGUGUGAAUUUACGACGUCUGUUGAAGAAGAUGGGGUGAUAUCUAACUCAUCAAAACUAUCUCUACCGGCUGCAAUUUACAACUUGAACUCUGGUUUUCAGCCAGUGAUCCAAAUAAGUGGACCAACCACAUUAGCUCCAGGACAAUCAGCUAUUUGGACGAUAACCACAGUGUUGGUUGAUGGAUCAAGUUUACUAUCAUUAGAUAUUUAUGGAUCAGGAACUUAUCCUCUCGAUUUUUGUUCUUCACGCUUUAAAGAAUCAGGUUCAAACUUUCAUUGUUAUGACAAUAAUAUAAUAAAAGUUACCCCAAGUGUAACUGGUACUACAGGCUUUGUAUACACCUUUGGAGAACUUCUAAAUUCAGAUUAUUUAGAGAAUACUGUACCUGCUAAUGUAAACAACUCAGUGACUGUAGACGUAAUAGCAAGUAUUCCAACGAAUGCAGUUUUGGGAGCAAACUUUGAAUUCAGUGUCGAUGCCUAUUUAAAUGGUAUUGGUAGUACUUCUGAAAUACAAACUGUUAAUGUUGGAUCACCGAUCUAUACAACAACUAUUGUUCCAGUAGUUACUAUGAGGAAAUUUGUAAGCAGUUCAGGAGACAUAACCAAAGGAACCACUGUUCUUGUUGUUAUCGAUAUAUUUGUUGAACCAAAUUCAAUUGAUGUUUACUCAUUGCAAGUUACGACCUCUGUUGGUAUUUCUACCAUUUGUGACGUCCACAUUCUGUCAAAUGGAGAUAAUCUUCCGUGUUAUCAAAUAAUAGAAACAGAUGACAGUACUGUUUUUACAUCUGUGGAUGGAUAUAAAACGUUUUCAUCAGUAUCACGUGACCUUGGACUUGUUUCAAAUUUAGCUGUUUCAGGAGAUAUUAUGAAUAACGAUAAUAAAAUUACUAUUGGUGUAGCUGUACAAGUUCCCCUGAAUUCUUCUGCAACAACCGGAGAUAUCAUAACCGUUACAGCAAACAUAUUAAGUGAUAACCUAGGACCAGUAACAACAUCACUUACCAUGCCUGUAACUGACACGAUCAUAUUAGCAGAGACAAACGCAAGUGUAUUGAUGCUCUCUCAACCACCUACUUUGCUACCCGUGAUUGUGAAGAUAUCGGAAACAGUCUCUUGGAAAGUACAAAUAUAUUUUCCAGUGACGUCUGACAGAUUUAAAAUAACAGCCCAUACACCAGUAUCUGCAGGUGAAGGUCAUCUGACUAUAAUAUCUGCAAAAUAUACCUACAUUGGGACAAGUCUGAGUUGUAGCGAUUUCCUUGAAAUUCUAUCAGCAUCAGCACUAAGUGAUGUGUCCAAUCAACAGACGACAAGACUGGAUUUAGAUUUAGGAUUCGUAUCCUAUUUAGGGUUAUUAAACACGACUGGUGAAAAUAGGUUAGAAAUGGAAUUCAUCUUUAAAGUAACAGACCAUCCUGGAAACACUGAUGGGUCUGUUCAAACCAUAACUUUUGAUUUAUCAAGUGAUUCUGGGGUAGUAACGACGGUUACUGGAGAUGUUGUGAUAUCGGUACUCGGAUCUGAAAUGGCAACAAUUCAGCUGGACACAUGGUGUGAUGAUAUAUUUUCGUAUCAAGCGAUGUCAGGAGAAGACAUAACAAUAUAUGGGAAUAUAACACUACAGAACACAACGACCGCACAUGCAUCCAAUGUGAAGUUCUCCUACUUGUUACCUCAUUAUAUAACAUUUGUUGCCCUGAUGAAUACCACACAUGUACAACCAGUCAUAACGGAGGAUGUAAAAGGUGUCACAUUAACGUUUCCUUUAGUUACCUUUGAAGAUUUGGUUGAAUUUUCCUUCAACGUGUCACUUGAUCCUUCUGGAUGGUUUGAUUCUGGAUCAGUUGAUGUCUAUACAGUUUUGAUUGUUGACGUCACAUACAUGUCAUUACAAAGACCAGAUCGAACAGACACAAAUAUCCAUUACUUUCCAGAGCCUUUCAUUUUAGAAAUAUCGUUUGAUGUUUUAGAAUCAUUGGUGUCCAUUGGACCUUUACUGCAAUCAUGUCAGUGGAUCGGCUCAUCGGAGGAGAAACCACAUACAGCUAAUACAUCUCUAUCGUCAUCGACAUUAGGUUGGCGUCCUGGUGUACGCGGAGAGCCGUUCUGUGGGGAAGAAUUCUUAGAGAUCGACCUUGGGAAUAAAUGGAAGGUGUCUAAGUUAUUAGUUUAUUCUGUCGGUGAUGAUAACCUGGACUAUAUAACACAGUUUAUUGUUCAAACCAGCAACACUGGUAUAACAUGGACAAGUAUCUUUGAUAAUGGAACAACCACUGAAAAGAUUUUUAGCGUAAAUUUUGAUGACAAUAAUAAACAAGUUAAUGACUAUAUUGACAUAAUGCUAGAGGACAAUGAAAUAUUCAUAAGUCGAUAUUUAAGAGUAAUACCGAAGAGUGCAACAGUGAAAACUUGUCGUCCUGGGUUUAGGAUUGAAGUACAAGGUGUCAAAAAGACAAACCACUAUACAGGAAACUGCAAUGCAAUAGCUAGUGGAACUAAAAUUGUAGAAAAAAGGACUUUAUUAGUAGAUCAGACUAAAGGGACUAUAUUUGCAUGCAUGGAGGCCGAAGAAGGUCAAGAUGUUCUUUGCUCGGUAACCGAAGAUCUUGGACAAACAUGGGAAGGUAUGGAUGAUAAAGUUGCAAAUGUCAUCGGUGUCAUAGCAAAUUCGUCGACCGUCCUUGGCAUUUCUGAAGGAGGGAUUUCUUACGUCUGUAGUUAUGACAAUGGAUUUGAAUGGAAUAUGUGCAGCGACGAUGAAGCUAGUGAUAUCAUUUCAGCUCAAAAUUACACGAUGUACAAAAUUAUUCCUUUUGCUGACCUCACUUCCUAUAGUGUGGCUGAUUGGAAAACGUCUUAUGGAUUUACAUAUGAUAAUAAAGAUAUUACAGGUUCUAUAUCAGGAGUGAUCGUCGAUACAGGAGGGUCUAUACAAACGAUAGCAUGGUGGGGUACAAGCGACUGGAGCACAGAAUUGUAGACUGAAUUACAC